AGACGGGGAGGAAAAGGCGUUUCCACGUUUCCUCUGCCGGCUCCACAGCAGACAGCCACGAAGACGAACCACGAUCUCUUGAGAGCCGGAUUCGUGCGUUCAUCCCGACUCAUCUCGACUGACAGAAGUUGUGCUCCUCGCGCGUCACCUUCACGGUUGCGUUCGUCUCUGAUGCAGCACACCGUGACCCAUCACUUGGAAGACUUUGCAUCCCAGAAGUGAAGGGACGACCCUCGGUCGUGUGUGGAGUUUUCUUCCCGCCUGUCCGUUGUCCAGACCAGUCUUCAUACAAAAUCCAGAUUAGUGAUUUUGGGAGCGACCCACGGAGAGAGAUUAUCUUCCUGCAAAUUCUCCCCUCUCAUCGCCUGUAGCUGACUCAUUUCGCUGCGUCCGUGAACAUGGCGGAGUACAGCUCUCUGCUCAACGACCUGUCUGAAAACAUCACCAAUGAGGACCUGGAGCAGCUCAAGUCGGCCUGUAAGGAGGACAUCCCAGAGGACCAGAGCAACAACAUCACCUCCUCCAAAGAGUGGUUCAGUUACCUGGAGAAGAAUGACAAGUUGGCGCAGGAUAAUCUGUCGUACAUCGAGCACAUCUUUGAGAUCUCACGACGACCAGACCUGCUGACGAGGGUGAUCGAGUAUCGCACCACGGUCCUGAAGAUCUCUGAGGAUGAUGAAAUUGACACGAAACUCACACGCAUCCCUUCUGCCAAGAAGUACAAAGACAUCAUCCGCCAGCCGUCGGAAGACGAGAUCAUCAAGUUGGCUCCUCCGCCCAAGAAGGUGUGAGGAGGACGGCGGCGCCGCUGACCGUUGCACCUUGGUUUCUUUGCUCCUGGCACUCCAAUCAGCUGACCAACAGUUUCUGACCAACAUCCCACCCCCACACACCCAGUAUGUACACACACACACACACACGCACACACACACGCUGCAACCACAGCGCUCGCCGUACCCUCCCCCAGCCCCCACCAAAUCCUGCACUUGCUCUCACAACCAAUCAGAUUGUAGCGAUGCAACAGCGUCCUCUUCUUCUUCCUCCCCACUCAACGAUGACGGCUGCCCGGAGAAGAAAUCUGCAAACUGGGAGACCAAGCCGGACAAACUCUCCCACGACGCUGUGUUUAUGCAAGUGUUGUAUCUGGGUGUGUGUCCCAACCCUCAUUAUUUAAACUCAUUGUUUUGUAUAAACCUUUAUACAAACAAUUAUUUUAAUCACCUUAAAGUGCGAAGAAGCCAAAAAAUAUAUAUAGUCAUGUGACCAAUACAUUUCAAAUUCAAAACUUAAAAAUAGAAGUGAAUGAAUCCCUGCUUCACUUAGUCUGAAUCCAGGUUUGAUCCAACGCCAUCGCCAUGGGAACACUGUGUAAUGAAGCAUAUCUAAAAUUUAAAGGGCACCGCUCCUCAGGUCGAGGCACUCGAUGCAUUCCCUUUACUCAACCAGUGACCUACUACUUUAGAGAAAGGUGUGGUAGAAUAUCAUUGAAAACAAGCCAAUAUCUGCCUUUCGUUUGAAAAGAUAGAAAAAUCUCGGGACUAUUUUAACCCUGGAAGCUCAUCCACGAGACCAGUGACUGGACGUGUAAAUAUCAAUCUCUAAUGAAAAAGAUGGAAAACUAGCGUGAAGUCAGUGAGACGUCCGUGGGAGACGGUCCAAAUCCUUUUUUUUUUUUAUUUAUUGACCAUCUCUUGCUUUAAGAGAAUGGAGUACUUGGGAGCUCAGCUACGCCAAAAUCUAAUUCAAACAAUUGGCUGGGAAGUCAGUGAUUUUAACCUUCCUACCACCGUUCCCCUGCUAGACUGUUGAAACUUGGCAUUUGAACUGCUAUUUUAAACACUGUGUUUCAUUUAUCCCUGCAAUGAAGCCUUAUCACGCUUUCUGUUGAUCCAAAUUACUGCUGGGUGCAGCUGCUCUCGCCAUGAACGGUCGCCCAUUAAUAACUCGUACAGUAACACUUUUUUUUUUCUUUGUCAAACUUCAACAUCAUGACACAGACUUUGUUUUCGUGACUUUUGUUCUUUCCUAUGCAUUUGCUUCUGUACCCAACUGUAAUGUAACCUGCUAUGAAACUGAAGACUCCUGUAAAACUGAGGUAAUAUCAUGGUUCUGGUUGUGACAGAUGUAGUGACACGUCUAAAAUGCAUUGUUUUGUUUAGCAUUAUCAUUGUCAUACAAUCAUGACGUUUCUGCUUCAACUGGCACGGCUGAUGUAAGUAGAGAAUAUAGUGAUUUAUAGUUCAUGUCAUCUGCCGUAAUGUCGUGUCAGCCAGGUCGGUAGCAUGGAUAGAUAACCCUGAAGUUACUCUCUGGCGAAAUGCUGCUGUGCGACUAAACCUGUGCUCCACGUGCGUCUGCAGCCGCUGUUCCUGUAGAAGGGACGAGAGCAAUUCACACGUUUCCAGGCAAAUCUUUGUGGAAGUGCUGCAUGUUUGUGUUGAACACAUAUUCAUCUGAGAUGUUCCUAGACCAGAGUCCUCCACAUCUCACCACGUGCCUCCUUCCUGUAAUGAUAAACCAUCUUUUCCAAGCCAAACGCGAAUCACAGUCACAGUUCCGUUGUUUACAUUCCAUCAUGAAGCAUGUCUGCUGAAAGCUAGCUUGAGCAUCACUGUCCUUCAAGCACGGUCUCGCACUAAGUUGCAUAUUAACAUUCCUGCUGCUUCUCACGAUGAUCCAUAUCAAACCAAGCGUGGUGACCUUUACUGAACUUUCUAUUCAACUCCAACGCUGCAGGAAAUCCUGUCCAUGAAAGAAAACAGGAUGUGUGACAACGCACAACUCAAGAGCAGGGUCCCUCAUGUAACCUAGACCUUCAGACUAAGACAAACACUCUUCUUUGACCUGAGCUUCAUCUGAAUUGAACCAUAUACCGUAGUUCACUCAGUCACUGGGGCACAGUGACUAGGUCUGGCAACCCAAACAGGCAAGCUACCUAUAUAAAUACCACUGAAAUGAAAGACGACUGACUGUGAUUUCAAUAGCAGAGUUUGUGUAUGCUAGUCUGCUCAAGUAUAACCAAUGAGUUUUAUGUGUGUCUUACUAAAAUGGUUAGGCAGCAGAGCGGACAUUCUUGGAACCCAGUGGGAGCACUGCAUCUGUCACAGCCCACCACAAGGAAGCAGUUGAUCUGACUGCUAUGAUCUGUGGCUAACCACGUCACUGAACAUUAAUAGUUAUUCUUUCCCAAAAAGUGCUGUUAUUUGAGUUUGAUCACCGUAUGCUUUUAGGUAACUAGUGAAUUUUCUUUUGAGCUUCAGUCUGUGAUGGAUUCAUGUCGUGGUAGUCGUGAUCGGGGCGGGUCGGUUUUGUCGUGACUGUGCGGAACUGUUAACUUCUCCCUGUUGUACCCCACCUUAUUUAAAAGCAGCCACCACUGCUGUCUCCAUGGCAACAAUUGCACAGCUGCUCCGAUCUCAUCACCGGGCAGAUAUUUCCUUUUUGCAUCGCUGACUUCUCCUCUGUAGCUGUCUGUGCAUAAUAUUUAUGAAUAUAACAACAUAUCAGUCACAAAUGAUGUCAAAUUUGGAUUUCCAUACACCAAGUACAUAUCAACUCAGUGAAUGCUGCAGAAUAACAAAGAAAUCUAACCAACAACACAGGCGCAGUACAUGAAGACGAGGACAUAAUGUGAAGGUGUUCACUCUAAACGUAAUAUUUGCUUCAAGAGCUGAUUGUUUUUGGCGUCUUUCAUUUCUUUUUAUUUGUCUGUAAAUAUGUAUUCUGAAUAUCUAUCCCAAGUGUUCUGUUUUGCAAAUGAAUUAAUUUAUUUUAGUCUAUGAAAGUACAUAUAUAAAUAUAUAUAUUGUCGUUUUGAGUUUACUAACUGGAAACAACUGAAGGGGUAAAUACUAACUAAUGUUGGACCAUGCAUCGACACCUUUAUGUCGUGUUACUUUCUGUUUGUGUUUGCAUUUCUCAGUGAAGGAUGAAAAAAAAAUAGAUAUUCAUUUCAAUGUAUUUACUUCAGUGUAGCAUUUUAGUUUGUUGUGUUGUGGGUGAUCCGACGUUUUGUGGCCACUGCUCGUGAGAGUUUCUAACCAUGACAAAAGAAAAAGCUUGUCGUAUUGCUUGUGUGCAGGUCACAAGCAUUUUUACCUUGGUCAGUUUUACAUCGUUCCGGUGGGGGGGAAAUGCGCAAACAGAUUUAUUAGCAGUUCCAUAUGCAAGUCAGUGCGCGAGUAGAGGUCAAUGCAGGUCGUGAGAGUGAGAGUAGAGGAAUAGAUUUAGAGGUGGAGUUGAAGUAGAAAGUGAUCAGAGCGUCAGGUAUCGAUGACUGAAUGUGGCAAGUCUUGCACAAGAAUGCUGUACGAUGAUGAGACCCUUUUGUGUUUGCGUCUGCUAAUCCGACCAGUUGCCACGUUAGCGACAGAUGUGGCGCCUUUCAUUCACAUCUGAGGUAAAUGUUUACAAGUAAUGCACAAGAUAAGGUCAAGAUUGUAAGGUAAUCCUGUGUGUGUGUGUGUGUGUGUGUGUGUUGAACAAUCUUGGUUUGAGAUAUUGUCUGGUUUCAAGUGUGUGUGUGUGUGUGGGUGUUGUUGCUGAUGGAGGUUAGUCGUUGCACCCAACGCCGAAUUGUUCGCCACACGACUUUGAGGCCGCAGCUGAACAAGUGUUGUGUCCUGGUGAAGUGCACUCUACUUUGUUGAGGGGUCUGAAAAAUGUUGUCCCAGCUCUGCUGCUGCAGCAGCAUGGCAGGUCUCUGUCUUCAGGCAAGUUUGAGCAAGCAAGUGCGGCUACAUGAAGCCACACUGGAACUACUUCUUAUUAGUCCAUUCUUAUUCCAAUUACGUGUUUGCCUUGUGACCUUGCAAAUUGAUUCUUUUUCCAGACCGUUUUACCUCAGUGCUGCUGCUCCUCUCCCCACAGCACUGUUGAUGCACUGAUUUCAUGUACGUGGAGCACGAUGAAGCAACACUUAGUAGAUAAGGUAACAUCUUGACUUGUUAGAACUACAGCUCCAACCAGUGUAGGAGGAGCCUGGGGUCACAUGCUUGCCUGACGUUUCAGAACCCCAGGAUUUGAGUUAGACAUGCGCCUCAGUUGUAUUACAACACAUGUACUGUGUAUAUAUAUUUGGACCAUGUGAUCAUUCACGAAAAUGAACUGUAUCAUCCGCCUGUCAAACAAUUCAUGUAAACAAACCCUUCAGCGGCGAAGCUAGGAGCAGAGCACGGUUGUUCCACGCACAACCAAAGUCGUGUGGUGCACGUCAGGCAGGUGUCUGGACAUGAUGAACAAGUGCUGGGGCGGUUUUGGAAGCUGAGACAUUGACACGCUAACAGGAAGUGACAGAACAGCAGUGUGACACAACUGAAGAUUGUAGUUACCACCUCAAGUCCCCUUAGGAUUAGUGCAAAACUGAAACCUCAGAGUAGGAUUCACCCUUCGUUUUGGGAGGACGUGACAUAGAGCUGCUAAUUGGUUUCUUUGAACACUUCUGUAGAGACUGCGGCAGAAAAGGAGACAUUAACAAGUAAAUAGCGACUGUAAUUGAAGUCAGCAGUUGAGUUCAGUGUUUUCUCGUGCACGUAUUGACAUGUGUAUCAAUCAUGGUGUCAGUCACAUGGUGUUGCUUAGAUAAACAAUGCUGUUUGUUUGACAGUUAGCAGCUAAAAUGUGUGCCAUGUUUCCUGAGAGCGCCACUGCACUUGGUGACAGUAAAAAAGAAAAAAAAAAAUCAGCAGUUUUUUCCUUUACACGUUCAACAUCCCAACAUGACCCUGUCAGACGCUGUGGGCUCUGUGCUGUUAGAGACUCUGCUCUCAUGGGACUAAAAGGAUUAUUUUACGACUGCAGGACGUUUAACCAUCAAGAUGUGGCUUUUUGUCAUGAAUUCAAUGAGACUGAACUGUAAUUUUGCCAUUCUUGUCAUUGUGCUAAAACAUAAAUAUUAUAUAUUAAAAUAUAUUUGCUAAC